UGUACACACGGCACUAGAGUCAGAGAAGAGAAGAGAAGAGAAGGAGCAUCUGCUUCAUCUGUGUCUCUCCAAGCAGCAGAUCAGCACUAUCAGCACCACUCGGCUCCCUGUGACCUUCUUAAGGACCAGUGGAGAGGUUUUCCUCUGCUGUCACCUUGUCAGUGACAAACAAGAACCCCCGUGGGCUGCCACUUUAAUCCCGUUUUGGAAUUUUUCUGCUCAUUCCUCCGCUCGCUGCCUUUCUCCUGCCCGUCUUUGAGCGGUCGGUGUCUGGAAUGAUCCCUCUCUCCGCGUCCGCCGCCUCCCGCGCUCCAGCAUGGGAACCGCCGUCUCCAAACGGAGGCAUCUGAGAAGCGAUGCCAUCUCGUCGGUGGCGGCCAAGGUCAGAGCAGCGCGUGCGUUCGGAGAGUACCUGUCUCAAAGUCACCCUGAGAACUGCAACGGAUCAGAUCACCUGCUGUCUGACUCCUUCGCCGGCCAGGACUCGGACUCGGCGGACAACAGCUGUCCUCACAGCAACAACCUCCGGCUGCGCCCCAGCUCCCCGCCGGCUGUCGCCGUCUCCACCGGCACGACCGGCCUAAGCAGCUCCCAGCCCAGCCUGCCCCCGCCGCCACCCCCCAAGCGGCGCCUGUCUCUGGAGCAUAGCUUCACUGCCGAGGAGGAGCGACAGAAGUGCUGCGAGUGCGCCCUGCAGCCCGCUCGUGUCUACACCAUCACCGGGGAGCGGGGCAUGCUCGGUGCCCGUGGGAGUAAAGAAAACCUGGAGCUGGAAGUGCUGAAAGCGGGGCGGGACCAAGCGCCCAGCCAGCCCCCAUCCACGUCGUCGUCGCCACCCUCCCAUCACCAUCACCACGCCAACCAUCACCACGCCAAUAACCACCAAGGCGGCGGCGGUGGCGGCGGCAGCAGCGGGCAUCACCAUCACCACCAUCAUGGUCAGCAAGCGGCUCAGCCCCUCCAGAGCUCCGUCAGUGCUCACAACAUACGUGGCUGGGGCGACGGAAAGGGCGGCUGCCGUGAGGACUGUACCCUGGGCUGCGAGGCCUGCUCUGGUGCCCCCUCCCACAGCCAGCGCUCGCUGGACCUGGAGAGCUCACACCGCGACGCAGGCAAGCAGAGCGCCACGGUAGACAGGAUGGGCAGUGUGCACCGGGUGACUGGGCUGGCGAGAGAGGAUGGUGGCAACAGCUGGUUCCCGAAGGAGAACAUGUUCAGCUUCCAGACGGCCACCACCACCAUGCAGGCGAUAACAAAUUUCCGGAAGCACCUACGGAUGGUGGGCAGCAGGAGAGUGAAAGCCCAAAGUGGGGACUUGCAGACUUCCUGUGGGACUCUGGAUGAUGGGGUUUGCAACGACCUGGACUGGGAGGAGGAGCGGGAGAUGGAGAGGGUAGCCUGCGAAGGAGAUGACUUCAUCCCUCCAAAAAUCAUGCUCAUCUCUUCCAAGGUACCAAAAGCCGAAUACGUUCCUACGAUCAUCCGUAGGGAUGACCCGUCCAUCAUUCCCAUCCUUUAUGAUCAUGAGCACGCAACGUUUGACGAUAUCCUCGAGGAGAUUGAGAAGAAGCUCACAGCCUACAGGCGAGGGUGUAAGAUCUGGAGGAUGCUCCUGUUCUGUCAGGGAGGUCCUGGGCAUCUGUACCUAUUGAAGAACAAGGUGGCCACCUUUGCCAAGGUGGAGAAGGAGGAGGACAUGAGCCACUUUUGGAGAAGACUGAGCAGGCUAAUGAGCAAGCUGAACCCUGAGCCCAACCUGAUCCACAUCAUGGGCUGCUACGUCUUGGGGAACCCCAACGGGGAGAAGCUGUUUCAGAAGCUGAAGAACCUGAUGAGGCCAUACUCUGUGGCCUUCGAGUCUCCCCUGGAGUUGUCCGCUCAGGGUAAGGAAAUGAUCGAGACGUACUUUGACUUCCGCCUCUUCCGGCUGUGGAAAACUCGUCAGCACUCCAAGCUCCUUGAUUACGACGAUCUUUUGUGACCUUGCCCUACAGUCCGCCCCUCCUCCAACACCUCUGCUUGUAUUGUAGCCAGUGGGGUGGAUGGUCUACAGUGAAGGUGUUGGUGGUAGUGAAGACUGUGAAGAGCCAGUGGACUUCUGGACUUGCAGCCCUGGGAGACUGGAGGGGUGGACGGGGUGUGAAAUGAUGUUCAGCCAUAUGGUAGAAGGGCGGAAGCAAAGAUGGAGCAAACGUGGAUCGAGGAUGGAGGAAACCGAACUGCAGGCUUUCAGUCCUCGUGAAGGAAGAGGAGGCAGAAAAAGGCACUUCUAUUUUUGCGUUUGUGAUCGUUUGCGUCUGCUGGAGAUUUAAAAGCAAUUUUUAUUCAGGUGUCAAAAUUAGUCCAUUAAU